CGCACACCCAGUGCUCGCUCGGGGAGUGUUUCGUUUUUUUACUGAGUCACGGAAAAGUCGCAACCACGGUACCGCGGACGAGAAAAUUGCAAUUUUCCACCGUAUCAUGUGCAUCCAGCAGCAGAAUAGUGUAUGAAAAUCGGCCGUACCGUAGUGCAGUGUAAGGUCGGUUAGAUAAAUAUAUAUGUAUAUUAGUUAAUGAAGAGAAGAAAAAAGAACAGUUUCGCUGCGAGGAGAGAAGAAAAAACGAAGUGACGGCGUAAAGGUGACCAACUAGGCAGCCAGCUUUUGCACGGAGUGUGUCUGUGACCGAGAGAGAGAGAGAGAGAGCGAGAGAGCGAGAGAGCAGCCGUGGUUUUUUGGGUGGUAUAGCAGCACACACGGGUAAAACUGCAGAUAAUCGAUAAAUUGCUUCGUGCUUAGUGCUGGCUGCUAUUGCGGGAAGGCGAGCGUGAAAACGAGCGAGAGUUUUCAUCACGCUCACGCUCUCUCAUCGUCCGCCUAGAGAAAAAAGGGGAACGGCAGGAGAGGACGACGACGUUCGCUCAUAUCAUCCACGGGCGCGCCUACGACCAGCCAGCAAGCGGGGAGGGUGUGCGGUGCUUCCUCACAUUGCAACCCAGCAGUCCGUGCUGCUGGCCCGUCGUCUGUGUAUCGUCACCGUCGAGUCGUCGCUGUGACAUGCGUGAGCUCGCCGUGUCGUGAGACGUGUGCGUGUGAGUGAGAGCGAGCGAGCAAGAGAGAGAGAGAGAGAGAGAGAGCGUGAAAAAGAAGGAAAGCUCGUAAAAGAACGUGUGUGGGAGCGAGAGAGUGUGCGAACCACAGCAGGAAAUAACGCGCGCUUGUGUGUGUGUCUGUGCGGAAAACGGGAAAAUUUUUGCAUGAGUCCGUGACCAGCAGUCGGAAAAGCCUGGAGUUGUACUGUACGCGGACUAGCCCUUCGGUCUCCGGGACACUGUUUGUGAGUGUGUGUGUGUGUGUGCGUGUGUGAGAGAGGAGAAGGAAGAAGCGGAAAGGUGGAAAGGCGCUUUCCUGUUGCUCUCGCGUGCGGUUUGACGUGUCGAGGCAACUAGAGUCGGAUCCGUGGUAGCACCCAAUUUCCCCCAAAGGCAGUCGGGAAAGCGCUUGGGUGAGGCACCAGCCAAGGAUCAUCGACUGGCUCGAACGCUUCCCAUAGCCAGACGGUCAGACCCAGCAGCAAACGCUUCGGCGAGAGCGAGAGAGAAAGAGAGAUACAGAGAGAAGUAAACCGAACCGCGUACACCGCUAAACGAUGAACGAGCUGGAGGCGCUGCGGCAGGAGGCGGAAACGCUGAAGAAUGCGAUCCGGGACGCGCGGAAGGCGGCCUGCGACACGUCGCUCGUCCAGGCGACGAACAAUCUCGAACCGAUCGGCCGGAUACAGAUGCGCACCCGGCGCACGCUCCGGGGCCAUCUGGCGAAGAUCUACGCGAUGCACUGGGGGAGCGACUCGCGCAACCUGGUGUCGGCCUCGCAGGACGGCAAGCUGAUCGUGUGGGACUCGCACACGACCAACAAGGUGCACGCGAUCCCGCUGCGCUCCUCCUGGGUGAUGACGUGCGCGUACGCCCCGUCCGGCAACUUUGUCGCGUGCGGCGGCCUGGACAACAUCUGCUCGAUCUACAAUCUGAAGACGCGCGAGGGCAACGUGCGCGUGUCGCGGGAACUGCCCGGCCACACGGGCUACCUGUCCUGCUGCCGGUUCCUGGACGACAACCAGAUCGUGACGAGCUCGGGCGACAUGUCGUGCGGGCUGUGGGACAUCGAGACGGGCCAACAGUGCACCUCGUUCCUGGGGCACACCGGCGACGUGAUGGCGCUGUCGUUGUCGCCCCAGUGCCGGGUGUUUGUCUCCGGGGCGUGCGAUGCCUCGGCGAAGCUGUGGGACAUCCGCGAGGGCCAGUGCAAGCAGACGUUCCCGGGGCACGAGAGCGACAUCAAUGCGGUCACCUUCUUCCCGAAUGGGCACGCGUUUGCGACGGGCUCGGACGAUGCCACCUGCAGGCUGUUCGAUAUUCGGGCCGACCAGGAGCUGGCCAUGUACUCGCACGACAACAUCAUCUGCGGCAUCACGUCCGUGGCGUUCUCGAAGUCGGGCCGGCUGCUGCUGGCGGGCUACGAUGACUUCAACUGCAACGUGUGGGACACGAUGAAGGCGGAACGGGCGGGCAUACUGGCCGGGCACGACAACCGCGUGUCCUGCUUAGGUGUCACGGAGAACGGAAUGGCAGUGGCGACAGGGUCCUGGGACUCGUUCCUGCGCGUGUGGAACUAAGCGCCAAACCUGUUGCGCUGUCUCCACGGAGGUACGGUAAGAUCGGGCCAGGACAAUGUCGGACAGCAUAAAAACGCGUACAGCCAUUCAGAAAUGAGUACCGUUUAGUGGUAGUCGUAGUGCGAUUGAGUGUACGAAGUAGCUGGAGUACGAGGAAAGUAUCCGCGCUCGUCUCCCCGCAUUCUCCUUUGCAAAAAACAGAAGAACUAAUUGCAAAAAAAACAGGUCAGGUUAUUGUUUUCUCUCCACUGGCUGGAUGGUUUAUUGUGCAAGCCGAUUUAAAACGAAACAAACAAAACGAAAAAACAACAAACCUAGUGCAUAGAGAACGUUCUAACCAUUCUGCCAUUGAUUGGUUUUGCUUUCCUAUUUGUUUUUGACCAAUAUAUUUAGCAAUUUCGAAGAAAUCAACUAACAAAAACACAGAACAAAAAAAAAAGGCAUAGAUGCUUCACAUGUUUGUCUCAGCGUGUUGUACCGCAACACUCUAGCCUCUGCAGCAUCGUAGUAGGCACACGAGCACACGGUGUAUGACAGUAGGACAGUGCUUCCAAUGGCAACAGGCUGGCCCGCUACUGCUACGUAGCGUGACAGCAGCUGCCGGUGUAACGCCCGUUUCAAAGCGGACGGUGCUUUGAGAAAAAUUAUGUUUAGGUUACAGUUUCGUUUUGUAUCUUUUUGGCUGAACGGUAGUUCUAGCAACAAACUAGUUGGUCGAUGUUUCAAGCUUGUUUGUCGCCAUUUAUUAAUUAUUUUUUACAAAAUCCAAAACUUAUUUUUUUCUAAAUUUCUCACACAAACGGCAUAAGGCAUGAGAAUUGGUAUUUAUAAAAAAAAACAAAAAAAAGCUUCAUAAUUUCCGGAUUGGGGUUUAAAGAAUUACAUUUCCAAAAUUUAUAAAAAAAAAAUACAAAACACACACAAAUUGGAACCAUUCUAAUUGAUUUUCAAACGAAUUCCCCAAGUAGCACCAGUGGCACGGUGUGAGCAAUUAGUUCAGUGGGACGUCCCUCUGAUAGCGAAGUCUAGACCAACUACAAUCUCCUCUUCUUAACAAACAGAUUUUUCUACGAGCCUCCGAGCUGACCCCGGAGGCACAACCCGGUUUCUAUGCAAACUUUUUAAACUCAAAAACCAAUUUUAUACAACCAACAAAACACGACCAAAACAAAGAGCAAACUUAAGCAAACACUGAAAACCCACACCACCCACCCUGUGAACAAUCAAGCGACCAAAAGCAGAUACUAAUCACGUACACAACCAUCACCAGAGUAUCAUCCCUAAGUACACGGACACAUACAUAAGACAGUGGCUUGCAUGAAAUCAUACAGAAAAAAUAGAGCAAACGAUAACGUUAUAAGAGGGAGAGAGAAAUACAAAUACACACACACAGACAUUAACGGAGUUAACAUGGAAGGCCGUUUUGGGGGCGCCCAUAAAUUGGUUCGACUCCGCUGUGUGUGUGUGUGAGGACCGUGAUUUUUUUUUUCAUUCUCAAAUAUCUCCUCGCAAGAAACCAUUCUUUUCAUAAAAAAUACGCUCAAUUUCCGCCCAACAAACCCUAACUGUCCCUUUUCCCUGUUGCAAGAGAUGAAAGAAUCAUCCCUGGUGGCUCUAGUGGUCAUCCUUUCGUCUCACGCGUCCCAGCGUUACGUUACUUUUCCGUGACGCACCUGUAACCGCUUUCAGUAACGCAUCCCGUAACGCCACGGACUGUUAUGCUUAGUGCUGUGGUAUCGCUCCCUCGCACCGUUAGUAUGCUGCUGGCAGGCAUUUGUUGUUGCUUCAAUCGAUGGUGUGUGUGUGUGUGUGUGUGCACGAAUGGGUGAGAAGAGGUGAGAAGGAAUCGUUCCCAUUCCUAGCAAAACGCCUGUCUCGCGCCCGUUCGCACCACCAACCUUCCCAAGCUCCCUCUCCCGGUCGCGCAUUUUGACGCACAUGCGUACGAAAACGUAGUGUGAAAUGGACCGUCGGUUUUUUUGGUACGUGCACGUCUUCAAGUCGUUUUUGUUGUUGUUGUUGCGUGCGUGCGUGCGUUCGCAUGAUGGCCCUUCCCCGUGUGGAAAGGUGUACAGAGAACUUAAUUUUUGCUUCCCAAACAGUGCUGUGGUCCAAGUGUGGUUCAAGUGUGCAGUUGGUUUGGCACGCACCAUUUUUCGAUCCGCUUGGUAUACAUGGACAUCAGCCUCUCUGCCCCUCAGCCAGAAGGGGACUUAGUUUGGUACCACUGAGUUCCUGGACUCAAUCCUGGCUGAUAGCGUUAUUUUGGUAACGUACCUGGUGUGCGAGGGUUAACGAUACUGCCUUAUUCCAGAAUGUGUUACGUUUUCGGUAACGUUUGCUCUCACCUUAGUAUACAAUUAUGCAAACACCUUCCGAGUUGGUGACCGUGGUUGUACUACCUCAACUGAAGGCGUUUGACUGAACGACUUUUUAGUUUACUAACACACUAACACACACAGCCAUAUAAAGAAUAGCAUUUUUUGGAUGCGUUAGCUCUUUUGCGUUACAAUUAUGUGUCACCUAUGUUUACUGCAUUCACACAUAUAAAGAAACACACAAACACACAGACAUCCAUUUCUAGUUGUACAACAACCUAAUAUACAGAAACCGCAGUAGGUGUAAAAGAGCUGGUGAAAGAGCUGGGCGCGGCUGUCUCGCCAGGCAAUAAGGUGGGUAAUAAGGCUACAAAAGCCUGCCUUCCACCACUCCAAUGCUUUUGUGCUGUCACUGCGAUGAAGGAAUGCACCCGUUGCAUCCCGAUCGGAAGGGCUAUUAUCUCAAUCGUGCAAGUGGCCAACUCCAUCCGCCAUUCUCACUGCGAGAGGCUCACUGGGAGAAUGGUGGAACAGUUAGGAUAUUCACACACCUUCGAUUGAGAUAAAUUUCGAUUGGCGCAAGUGUGCACCUUCGUGUGGACAUCGUUGGUUAUCGUUCUGGUCUGCAGCAGUGGUGAUUGCGGUAACCGAAGCUGAAUGCUGAUGCUGCCGCCACAUGAAUAGAUCAUACUCAGAGCAAACAAGCAACCAAACAAAAACCACACUGUAGGCUCCAGUGGGGGUUGGUUUUGUUUUUUUGAGUGGACGAACGAUCAAACCGAUGAUGAAGCGGUGGUAGUAGACAUGGAAAAGGGGGUAUAGGGGUGUAAGGUACCGAUCCACCCAUCCUGCCUAUUCCAUCCUGCCCACAAAUACAAGGCCUGUUUGUGGGAGGGUCUAGUGUUGGAUAGAAGCAGCCGCAGCGAGACAGCAAAGAAGAGGAGAAGCAGGAUCAACAGUAGCGAUAUAUAUGUUGUAUUAUGUGUACCGAUUACCGAUGUAUCGAUAUACGUGUUUUUUAUGUUGUUUUUUUCGUACUAUAUACUAAGACGUACAACUAUGCAGGGAGGUAGAAAGAUGGAAAGAAUGAGAGCGAGAGAACGAAGAGAGGGAAAAAAACUAAAUGUGGAAAAUUAGCGGAACCAAUAGCGUAAUAUGCAUAAAAUCUCAAACCCCCCCAAAGCAAUCAUAACGAAGAAGAAGAAGAAGAAAGAGAAAGAGAAGAACAAGAAAAAGAAGAAGAAAGCUAAGAAACUGAAAACAAAACGUACAACAAAAUAACAAACAAACUAAAAAGCCACAAAAACGAGAAACGAACGAAACAAGCACACAAAGAACAGAAGUGCAGAAACAAAAACGGAAGAAGCAAACAAAUGCCAUUCUCGAAGCCGUACAAUUAUGCCAUUGUUAGAUUAAUGUAUGUGUGCAUCGUUUGCCUUGUUAAGUUUACAUCUGCUGUUUGGCAGCGGAUGCGCGCUACUCAAAGUAUUAUUCGUAUUUAGUAUUGUAUUGAGCGUUUUUAGUACAACCGGUUUUGCUCCUCGAGUUUUAGUACAUUAAGCUAUUAACGAUCAUUUCUUAUUGUUCAUAACACAUCUUUGUCUUACUUAAUUCACUUCGGUAGUGUUAUGUUAGUAGUAGCAAACAUGGAACAAUUAAUCGAAAUUUCCAAAACAAAAAUACCAUUUUCCAUUUUUGAAAGUUGAAAAAACCCAAUCGGCCAACAGUUGAAAUUGUUAGAGCAUUACUUUGUUUCAUUUACUAAGCCCGUUUUAGGUUGUUAUUUGUGAUCGCGUUCUACCUUUCCUUUCGGCUGUGAAACCAUUACGUACGAGAAGUAUAUUAGUAUGUGGAAGUAUGUUCGUACUUGUGCUAGGGGCACUCUAGCACAGACGAUCCAAAAAUUCCCUCAAUAUUUCCUACACCUUCAUCCCUUCUCACCUCCCCCCCCCUCUCCCCCCACUCCAUAAGUGUUCCGAGUUUAUUGUUGUUUCGUUGUCGUUUUUUGCUGGCACACCUUCAUCGCAACAAAAGCGAAACCGAUGCAGCAGAAUGACCGGCCGUGUACCGUCUGGCUAAGAGGCUCAGUUACAGUUCGGUAGUCGGUCGGUCCUAUCCUGCUGCUUGGCAAAAUAAAAUAAAAAAGAGAAAAAAGAGAGAAAAUCUCCGCCCCUGCCUUCGGCCCAGCACCUCAUCACACCUUUUAUCGCUUGAAUAUACAAACUAAGGGGCUCAUUUUCAAUCGAUGAAAGGGAAAGGGCCAAAGUAAAUGCAGGCAGCAGAAGAAAAGAGAGAGAGACAAAAAACUCAAAAAUCAGAGAUGAUUCGAAUGCAAUCCAGUGUGUGUAAAAUCGAUAGGCUCACGUAAUUUAUAUCACUCGAUUGCAGCACAUCGCAAUGAAACAGACCGACAGGAGGACUUUGGCCCUUUGUGUGCUUAGGCUGCAGGCAGGAGACAUGGGAUUUUCACCUCGUAGUAACGGCACAACGUUAGUUGUGUUCGAACAACAAAUUUGUCUCGAUGUGCUUUGUAAAGGGUUUUUGUUUUGUUUCUGUUACAAUAUUGUGUUGGUUUUGCCCAUGUUCCCCUAAAAUGGUGGCGGGAAGGGGCAGGCUCAACGAAUAUACCUCCCCCUUAUACACGAAAAGAAGGAACGUAAGAAAAGCGGGGAAAGUAAAAACAAAUUGUUGUCGUUGCUUAUUUGUUCAUUCCGACGGUGCAUAUGGUUUUGGACGAAGUUUUUUGUGUCAAUGGAGAAGAAAAUGUGCAAGCGUGUAACUCCCACAAAAACUACACUGUGCGCACUACGAAACGGCAAUCUCCGCUCUGAGGCGGUAGAACAUGGAGAAGCAAGAACAAACAAAAAAAAAAAUCAUUCAAUACUACAGAUACACAAAACAUAACCAGCCACGCCACAAAAUAACAGCAAUGAGAAAUGAGAAAACCCUUUGGCUUGAAAUGUGAACUUCCAUCUCAAAAGAGAUACAGUAACGUCGCACAAAAGUGCACUCAAAACAGAUAUACAUCCCCCCAUUGCAUCGCACUUAUCCCAACAACACAUACACAAAUUCAUUUCUAAUCAAACCAAAUGAAAGAAAGAAAGUGAAACAAACAAACAAACGCCAUACACUGCCUAAUUUCACAUAGUCUCAAUGUAAUAAAUGCAAAUAUAAAACGAAAAUAUCAUGCAAAGAGAGAAAGAGAGAGCGAAAGAGAGGAAAAGAUAAACAAGAAUCACAUUUUGGUGCAUCUCCAACAAAAAAAGACGGAAGAAAACGGCAUGUGCAAACUACUUGUACUAAAUGUGUGACAACUAGAAUAUUCAAGUAGUAGAAAUGAUGAAAAAAAACAUAAACAAGCAAAAAAGAACCAAAAAGGCGAGCAGCAACAAGAUCUAAGCAGCACGCUCUACAGAUGUGACAAAAUAAAAGCAAAUGUAAGUCGCACAAUGCAUCCUCUACUAUCGUGCACAAUACAACAAAAAGAGACAGAGGAAGACAGAGAGCACAAAAGCAGUCGAAGUCGCACAUGAACCAAUGGGAUUCGUUCUGUGUAACGUAACGAUUCCGGUGCAUUUUACGUUACUUUCCCUCCUUUGAUUUUGAUUUCUGAACAUUUGUAAUGGCUAACUAGCUCUAACAUGCUGGGGUUACGCUGUUAGUGUCUAUUAGCGUUACGUACCGCGUGCAGAGCGUUACCGGCGUCACCAUGCAGCGUUACAUCAGUUGCAUGGUUGCGUUAGUUUCUCCGUCGCGCGCUGGCGCUCGAAAGAUUGUUUGCUGGUAAAAGCAGUGCCAGGGAAUAGCCCGUGGAACUCUCUCCCACUCUCCAUGGUGAAGAGACUUCCGGUGCUGCCGCCACGUUCGCAUUCGCACCAACGGAUAAUGGCUCCGACGGGUGACGGGUCACGAGGGCGAUGCCGCCCCUUCUACCGUGUCCUGCUGCGCGGGCACGUUUGGGCUAGUUGCAUCUAGGGGCUUAUGCUGGUCUUUCCGAAGGCUGACCCGGCUGGGCCGUGGCGCGGUUCGGGUAGCUUCCGGAGAGAUUGGUUUUUUAGUAUGCAGCGGAACGGCGUCCACGGUGGGCACGGGCACGGUAGAACAGUGGCGGGAAGGACUCGUGCUCGUGAGGUCACCUUUCGACAUCCGGUGCGCCAAAUGCGCGAAAUGCUGGCAACCGCACCAACAAUCUAUUGACUCGACCAGUGACGGUGACGGUUGACGUUGAAACAGAAGGCGUCAAUAAGAGAAACACACACAUACAAACACUAAUCAAACUACCGAUUACCGGAAACAGGCUACCGGAAUUGCUAGAAAAGGGAAAACAGAGGAACGCACGCACAAAAAGAGAGGAACGCACUGCCCGUACAUGUGUAUAUGUUUUCUGCGUUGCGUGGUGCGGGUGUACGUAACGCCAUCGCCCGACUUCCCCCUUUGGUGGAGCGGUUUCUGCUUCCUUUCAACGUUUACCGUUUUGCGUUACCGUUUUGCUGAUGCCCCCAUCAUUCCCCUCCACGAUGGAACGGUGGAAUCAUAUCGAAAGAGAACACAAACAACCAAACAAAAAAGUCGAAAAACAGACAGAUUUGCACGCACAAUAUGAUGCAAGAAUGAUGAAAUUUCAAUUUUAUGCUUUUAAAAAAACAGAAGAAGUAUACAAAAGGGUACGACCACAUCGGGAAGAAUAGACAUUGUUUCGCUAAAAAGUAGCGAAAAAAAAGGAGAAAGAAACAAUGGAUACUUAAUGAAGAUCACAUCCAGGUUUACCCAAACGGCACAGCAUAUGGAACCACAAAUAACCACAUAAAGUGCGUUUAGGAAAAAAUCAAACCAAACCAAAACAAAAAGAAACUCUGUAGCAAAGAAUCAGAUAAAAGACCGAUACCCUGCUAAGCGUUGAAGUGCAUGAUUUGAAGCGUGUGCAGGACGUUGUGCACUCACUGUUUAGCACAGUUUAGUGCUAGAAAUGCACACAAAACAACAGGAAAACACACAAACACAAAUGUGUAGCAGGAACGGAAACCAAUACCAAAAUUCGGCGGGUGGA